AUUAAUUGCGCGCCAUCCCAUUGACAGUUCUUGUGUACAACAAACAAAAACAUUGCGAAUUAUUAUUAAACAAUUCCCCCGGCGAUCGGAUUGUAAACAAUUCCUGCGUGUUUGUAAUUAAAAUAAAAACGUGUUGUUCCCCACAUACAUUUUCAUAUUAAAAACCUCGAUUUUUCGAUUUGUGUUGCCGUUAAAAAAAGAAAAUAAGUGAAAACCCAAAAAUGGAAUCAGAAUUGAAACAAGAAUUUGAUAAUAUGGGAAUUGAGCCCAGUCAGGAAGUGUUGUUUCGAUCUGUUGAUCUUUGUUCCACCUAUAACAUUGAAGAUGCUGCUGAAUUUGUUGAACAAUGGGUGGCAUUCAGUAUUUCCAAUUUGAAUGGUGCCGAACCAAGUCUGGAGCACCUAAAUGAGUUUGAACGUAAAGUGUUCCAGGCCAAACGCGAUAAAGAACUAAUGGCGGCCAGCAAAAAGAAAGCCGGCAAAUAUCCAUCGGCCAUAUCGAAUUUAACACAUUUAAAUGACAUAGCAUCGAGCAGUAGCAAUCCGUUGGCCAUGUACGGUGUAGAUGAUAGUGAUGUUAUGGAUGAAUAUAUGCAAGAUAGUGGUAUGAUGAGUUCUAUGGCGGCGGACGACAUUGAUAGUGUACCGGGAACACCGAGCAUACUGCAUACUCCUAAGGCUAAAAGUGCUUUGGCUAGAACACCUGCUCGCCAGAACGAGACUCUCUUCAGUCCUGCCAGCUAUUCACCAAUAGGCACUCCACGAACACAUACGGCUGCCCCAGGUUCGGGAAAAAUUGUCUACACUUUCGGUAAUCCUUCUCUCAUUACCAAUGCCCAAUGGUCGUUUACAACACCACAACCGAGAAUAAGUGUAAAACAACUGCUACAGCAUGAAGGUAACUGUUUGGGACCCGGUACUAAAGCCAAAUAUAUGUUUGAUAAUCUCUACGAGAAAGCUGAAAUUGCUGGAGAUCGUGUCUUUGAAAUUGGCAAGGCCUUAUGCAAGAAGGUAUUUGGCGAAGAUACCCUGGACUAUGAACUGGGUCAGGUGGAUAUGCAUUCUCAGGAUGUCAUAAAAACCAUUGGCGUUGUUCACAGCGAUUACGAUGGUCCUUUGGAUCCAUCAUCAACAAUAUUGGUUGGUUCGAAUGAGGCCAGCUGCCAUACGGUACGUUUGAAUUUCUCCAAAUCCAAAUCAGUGGGUAUAUUUCCCGGGCAAGUUAUCAUGGUCUCAGGAAUGAAUCCCAAAGGUGAUGUCCUGAUGGUGGAAGAAGUUAUUACCGAACAAAAUUUACAACCACCAAAACCUCCACAAAUUGCUGAUCGUUUAAGUUUUGUCAUAGCUGCUGGUCCCUACACAAAUGACGAUGAUUUGGUCUACGAUCCCCUACAAGAUUUAGUUAUGUAUCUAAAAGAGAAUCGUCCAAAUGUUUUGAUUCUAUGCGGCCCCUUUAUGGAAGCUGGCCAUAAGGUUAUCAGUGACAAUGUAACAUUGGCCGAACCAUUUGAGGCAUUCUUUGAAAAAAUGAUAAAUGGUAUUGUUGAAGCCAUUGGCCAGGAAACAACAAUUCUCGUUGUGGCAUCACAUCGUGACGCCCAUGCCGAUUGUGUUUAUCCCACAAUGGCCAUCCAGAUGAAGAAAACAUUUCCCAAUGUCCAUAUGUUGCCAGAUCCCUCGAUUGUGGAUCUAAAUGGUUUGGUUAUUGGCAUGACUUCUACAGACAUUGUAGAUCAUAUUUUGGCUGAGGAGUUGGCUGUCAAUGCUGGUGAUAAGGUUAAACGUGUUGUCAAUUAUCUUUUACAUCAGAAAUCGUUUUAUCCCCUAAAUCAUCCCAAAGAAGAUCAAAUGUGUCUGGACAGUGAUUUGGCCAACAAAUAUGCUCGAAUUGAGAAAAUUCCAAAUAUUUUAAUAUUACCCAGUACUCAGAAGUGUUUCUUGAGGGUUGUCAAUGGAUGUCUGGCAAUAAAUCCGGGACGUUUGGCGGAUAACAAUGGUGGCACAUUUGCACGUUUCAUCAUAAAUCCACCCGCUCCCAAGGAAGAGGCCAAUCUCUUCAAUUAUGUUGGAUGUCAAGUGCGUAAAGUUUAAUUGGACUACAGGAAAACGGCAAACAAGCAAAUGGACUACAAACUAUAUUAACUAAAUCUAUAAAAAAAAUGUUGUUAACAAUUAAUAAAAAAAAAGUAUUGCAUAAACAGUUA